ACAUCGAAAUUGACAAAAAUGUAGAGUUUGAGAUCUAAAUUUAAAGUUUCAUUUUUAAAGAAAAUUAACUUUACUUUUGAAAAGUAAUAAUUGUAAAACUAGCAAAAACAAUAAAACAUAAUUGUUAUUUUCAUCAUUUGGCAGAAAAUCAUGUGUGCUUUUACGAUUUUCGUUCUCUGCACAGAAGAAAAGCGACUGUAAUUAACCUGUGGAAAGUGUUAUAAACAAAAACCAUCAAAAGGACAGAAUGUUGGUGAGAAUGUCACAAAUGCCGUUCAAUUCAACAAUAAAAAACAGCUGCAUACAAUCGAGAAAUCAACAUGUUUGGCGAAAAUGUGGAUUUUCGUCUCAAUCAAAAGCGCCUGAUGUCCCUUUGAAACCUACGAUUUCACCUUUUCCUCCAUUGAAAGAACCUUUGCAAAAUUUACCUACCCCCAUUUAUUCAAGUGCCAAAGUAGAAAAUCGGGAACCAAAAAUUUCUGUUUUAUCGAAUGGAUUGAAAGUAGUCUCCCAAGAUUAUUUUGGACAAUUUGCCACAAUUGGUGUUGCGAUUGAUUCUGGUCCUCGAUACGAAGUCGCUUAUCCAAGUGGCAUUUCUCACUUUCUCGAAAAACUAGCGUUCAAUUCAACUAAAAACUUUCAAAAUAACGAUCACAUAAUGCUCUCAUUGGAAAAAUAUGGAGGAAUUUGUCUUUGCGAUGCUUCCAGGGAUACAUUUAUUUAUUAUGCCUCUGCUGAGCGUCAGGCUUUAAAUACAAUGACGAAGGUUUUGGGAGACAUCGUUUUAAGACCUUUGCUCACAGAAGAGGAGUUAAAUCUAGCUCGACAAUCUAUUAAAUUCGAAAUCGAUUCCUUGUCAACAAGUCCUGAUCAAGAAAGACUUCUUUUAGAUAUGAUCCACGCAGCUGCUUACAGAGACAACACCCUAGGUUUCCCUCAAAUUUGUCCAGCUGAAAACCUAGAAAAAAUUAAUAGACAAAUUUUGUUUACGUAUCUAAAAAGUCAUUACACUCCAAGUAGGAUGGUUGUUGCCGGCAUCGGCGUUGAACAUGAACGUCUCGUCGAAGCAGUUCAAAAAUAUUUCGUGGACGAGAAGCCAAUUUGGGAGGAAGAGAGAAGUCUCAUUUUAUCAAAAGGGUCGGAAAAUGUAGUUGAUAAUUCGGUUGCGCAAUAUACGGAUGGAUUCAUUCUGGAAGAAUGUAAUAUACCAGUACAUGCAGGACCGAGUCGUUUGCCAGAAUUAUCUCACAUUGUAAUAGGCUUAGAAGGAUGUUCUCAUCAUGAUUCUGAUUUUAUUCCUUUAUGUGUUUUGCACACAAUGAUGGGUGGGGGAGGAAGUUUUAGUAUCGGAGGUCCGGGCAAAGGAAUGUAUGCAAGACUUUACUCCAAUGUAAUGAACAGGUAUACUUGGAUGUAUAGUGCAGCAGCCUAUAAUCAUUGUUACGGAGACACUGGCCUUUUUUAUAUACAUGCAUCCUCUGCCUCUUAUCCGGUCGAUCAUGUCCGAGAAAUGACUGAAGUUAUUGUCAAGGAAUUAGUCUCGAUGGCUGGAACCAUCACAGACAAUGAAUUAGGGAGGGCCAAAAAACAACUUCAGUCAGUUCUCUUGAUGAAUUUAGAGCACAGGACUUUUGUUUUCGAGGACAUUGCGAGACAAGUACUGGCCACUGGAUCUCGACAAUCACCGGAACAUUUCAUUCAGGAAAUCGCCAAGGUAUCGAAAAGUGAUAUCAACAGAGUAGCUUGUCGUCUUUUAAAAUCGCCACCAAGUGUCGUCGCUCGAGGAAGAGUCAGGAACAUACCUUCCCAUUCCGAUAUUCAAGCUGGCCUACUUGACGCAAAAGGUCGAAUUCCCACUUCCAAAAAGCAAGUAGCAUUUAAAAUUUAAUAGCUCAAUUGACUCUCUCGUGUCAUAUUUUCUAUUCAAUCUUUUUAAAAACAUUCCACAAUGUCAAAUUCUUCGAAAGUAUUGACAAUUGUUAAUAAAUAGCAUGACAAUCAACUCUAA